GAAACUCUCUCACACUCCCAAUACAUCUCUCUCUCUCUCUCUCUCUCUCUCUGGAUCGUGAGGUUUAAGCUGGGUUUAAUCGCAUUCGUAGCCCUACAAUUUGGCGCCUUCCCCUCUUCAAUUGAGUUUCUUGGUAUCUCCAUAAUCCACAAAUCUCCCCCAAUUUCGCUAAUUCGCUCAGGUUUUGUUCCGAGUCCGUCUGGUGCUUCGUCCUAGUCGAUUCUGCUACUCCGGAGGUUUAACGGCGGGGAAGGCUUCUUCUCCGGUACCGAGAGGAGAAGUCGUGUGUUUGUGGGGGAAUGAGUUAAACAACUUUGACUCAAGAGGAUGGUUCUACAUGUUACUACUCUGUGCAAAGCUAUAAGAAAGGUUGAAUAUGACCAAUGGAGGAGGCGGGGAGGGUGGAGGAAGUGGGAAAGGCAAUCUUUUUCGCGGCAAUGAUUUCGCCUACGCACUCGCUAGGAUGGCCGUGGCGCAGAUAUGCGAGGGGGUCGAGAUCACCUCUUAUCAGGAGUCGCAUGCACGCGAAGGUGCGAGGUUCAGUUCUUUUCAUGAGACAGCUCUCGAGACGCUAACAGAGGUGGUGAUUCAGUACAUUCAGAGCGUUGGGAAGACGACGCAGUUCUAUGCUAAUAUGGCUGGGAGAGUAGAAGGUAAUGCUAUGGAUAUUGUUCAAGCGCUGGAGGAUUUGGGGUCUGGUUUGGGUUUCAGCGGUGCUCCUGAUGUUGAGCGUUGUCUUGCUGAGUCCGGUGUGGUUAAGGAUAUUAUACGUUAUACAGCGGAAGCGGAGGAGGUGCCUUUUGUUUACUCUCUUCCUCGGUUCCCUUUUAACAGAGGGAAAAGACCAGCUCCUAGCUUUGCUGAGGUUGGAGCUGAGCUGCCAGAUGAGCAUAUUCCGGUUUGGCUUCCUGCUUUUCCCCAAACCAAAGUGUCUAACGAGUUGGAGGAAGAUACUAGUGUUGAAAAAAUACAAGGAGAGGUGCAGAGUAAUGAAAACGGAUCGUCUUUGCCGAGAUUGCAGCAGUCUGUUGAGGUUGAUAGGCUAAAAGUUCAGAAAUCGAUGGAUCAAAAGGAAGUUGAGAAACCAUCAGAGGAACAACCGGAGUGUAACCCGUUCCUUGCUGCACCAGUUUGGGUUGGAGAAAAGAACGUGCCACGUGUGUUUCGCCCGUCACUGCUUACAAAUGAAGAAGUUAGCGCUGGCCACGUUCCUGAAAAACAAACCAACAAGAGCCAUCACAUGCCGCCCCUUGAGGCGUUUGCUCCAUCUGGUAUAAUCAAAGACAAGAGCAGAUUAGGUGAAACCGAGGGAGGAGAGAGAAAUGACGAUGGGAGAACUCAACGCGCGUUGCUACGUUUCAAGAUUGGGACUCGAAAGGCGGCCCCUGUGCGUUGGACGAGAAAGGAGAGCUUAGAGGAAAAGGGUUGGUUUCUAGAGGAUGGAGACAAGAGGGAGAAAAAUGUAGAACUCGAAGAAGAGCCAGUAACCAUUGACACAAAUGUAAAAUAGGUAUUUUGUCAUUUUAGAAUCUGUAGACGGAAUAUCAUUGUUGCCUCUUGAGUUUAGUGAUAGUUUGCAAUUGAAUACGUGACUCGUUAAGGAAAAGAGAUUCUUACUGACUCAAACUGGUGUAUGGUCCUUAGCAUCAUUUGCUGUUGAAACAUUCUUUUUCAAAAGGAUAUAUAUAUCCUAUUUUAAGUGAGAACUGAUGUUCCUUUA